AUGCAACAAGUCUGUCCGGAUUGCGGCUCACAAGAUGCCUCCGCGCUGCUGGCCGAAAUCGGUCAACGAAUUUGCUCCAUGUGCGGCUACAUCUCGAAUGAUCUCCAGUUCUACGAGCCCACUGACGUGCUCCAAGCCGUCUAUGAACUUGGCAGAAGAGGGCAGCACAUAGCCUCGGAUUCUGCGCAGUUGGCUCCUGUGGCCUCCUUCUGGUCCAACGACCCCGAUCACAAGCAUCAAGUCUAUGCGCUUCAGCGCAAAUCUGAAGUCGAUGCCCAUACACUCGGUACGCUCAACAAGCUCGGAAGCCCUUCUUUCUUCGAACAAGUCGAUUUUCUCUUCCAGCGUGCUAAAAACGAAUCGUGGAAGCGAUCGGCUUCCGCAGAUGCGGUCAAUGAGGACAACGAUUCAGACGUUCAAGACGUAGAAGCACUUCUCGCCUCAUCCUCGACCCUAGUGCCCGCAAGCCUCAGACCGCGCCGGGUGCGUUGGGGCAGCGGCUCCCUGCACCUUGCUACUGCCUGCUGCUACGCCGUCCUACGUCGCGCAGGCGUCCGUAUCGACCUCGAGACCGUGUCACAUGCUGCUCAGCUGCCUUCACUCAAAGUGCGGGCCGCCUUCCGUCACCUGCGUUUGCUGGUCAAGGAAGCAGUGCGAAAUGUCAAACUCGCCAAUCCAGACGUUUAUUUGCGCCGUAUCGUCGCCUUCUUCCGCUUUCACCUGAGGCACAGACCCUCAUCGGCCCUCCAUCCUACCAUCGUCAAGUUCCUUUCACCCCUCGGGCGAAGUAGCGCGAAUUCGAGUCGCGAGGGCAAGGCAAGUCCAGUGUCCACCAGCACAUCGUUUGAGGCGAUCGAGGCCACAGCGCUCGAUCUCUGCGCCUUGUGGUGGCCCGAUCGUCCAAGCCAUCCUGCCGUCCCUGCGCCUCUGGCUGCAUUUGCGAGCAUCGUCCUCGCCAUGGAAGCACAUCUCAAGGCUUCAGCGCCGAUCUUCGAGAUCUUUCGCUGUACAAAGGCGGCUCUCCAGUUCAAUUCCAACGUCAUCGACUCCGAACAAGCUCGCGGUCACGGCCCAAGCGGCGACGCUACGAUGAGCAAGAAUGCCGUUGUAUACUACAAAGAGCUGUGCGCGGCCUUGAACACGCAGGCAGCCAAGAUACCCUGGCUCUUUGAUGCGGCUCCGGUCAGCAAGAAGCGACGCGAAAGGCAGCGUUUAGUCGCACGAGCUGGCGAACGUGCUAGCAUCGCCACAACGACGAAUCUCGCCCGCCUGGAUGUCAUUGUUCACGCCCUUGAUAUCCUGGAUGUCUGGCGCAGCACACACUCCAGCGAAAGUCGAGAUGUAACUUCGAAGCUGAGUACAUCGCAUUUCCGACCUGUCGACCCUUAUCGGCCAAACCCAUCAACGGCGAGCUUCAGAUCCGCCGGGGAAGUCGGCGCCGAACACGCUACAGAUCAAGAGGAGAUGAACAAGGACGAACUCGACUGUUUCCUCUCCACAUCUCGAGAUCAGGCACCAUCUGAGUCGGACGGCGGUAGCAGCGAGGUCUGGUCUCGCGUUCGACGGAAGCUGGAAGCUGCCGGUCUACUCGAUGCAGGAGUUGGCGACGAUGGUCGCAGAUCUUCCGCUCAUCCUCUCGAUGCACUGACAGACGCGCAAGUUGACGAACUGCUCUUUGAUGUGGACGAAAUGGCGUCGCUUCUCCGAACGGAUCCGACCGAGCGGUCUGAUGUCGAACGAGCAAAGAUCGCUGCUGGGGUUUGGCCGGCCACAUUCGAACACGAAAGAAACGCCGAGAUCGCCGCAUUGGCACGCAGCAUGGAACGGCAGUCACCGCCAGCCCAGGCUAUAAAGAUCGAGUCUUACCAGUCAGUGUCGUCACCUGAAUCCGCCUCAAGCAGUUCUAGAAGACGUUCGAAACGUGGCAAAGGCUCUUCUGCGACAGUCAAAACGGAGCUCACCACACAUCCCGAGUCGCGUGCACAGUCGCAAAAGCGCACUCGGAUCAAACCCUUCGGCGUCUCUCUCCGCGAACAGCUCGACGAGUCAGACUGGAGCGAAUGA